AAAACUGUUCCCCAUAUUCAUGGGUAUAUAUUUAUUUAUCUGUUCUCGUGAAUUAAUAGAAUAAUUAACCUAACCUAACCUAACCUAUUCCACCUGUUUUCUCGUACAUUAAUAAAAGAAAAAGAUGCUCGACGAAGUAGUGGACGAGCUGAAAAAGAUUCCAACCUCGGCCCUUUCUGCUUUCUGGAUUCGAUUCGUGAUUAUAUCAACUGUCACCUUGACUUGGCUAGUUUCCUUCCUACCUUGGUAUCUACAGGUGUUUGGACUGUUUUCCGUGGGGUUCCUGGUGUUUGCGGCCAAGGCGUUGAAGAUUAAGAUCCUGGCUGGCUCCGCCACAGACCCGGAGAAACAAGAGGCGGAGGAGAGACCCGCCAUCGUACUAGCUAUGUCUCCAAAAUCCGACAAGCAAGAGAUUGACCAGUCAUGGCACUGCGUGAACCCCAGCAAGGUGGUGGACUUUGUCAAGACCAUCUCGGACAAGACCUGCAUCUCCCUCGGUGAGAAGUUCAAGGAGGAGCACCUGGAGAAGUCUGACUGGUUGAACCUGACCCUCCAGCACCUGUUCCGGAACAUGAGGGCAGGGAUGGAGGACAUAAUCUUGAACAUUAUCUGGCCCCAGGUCUGGAAACAAUUGCAGGAUCUUCCCAUCAACCUGGAGAUCGAACUUUACACUCUCAGUUUAGGUAUGGUAGCUCCAACCUUUGAUGAGAUUAAGGUUCUAAAGGAGAUUGAGGAUUCUAUAGUCUUGGACUUAGCUCUCAGCUAUCCCAGUGAAGCUGCUAUGCAAGUGAAGAUUAAAACUGAUGUGAUACCUAAAAUGACUGCUGAGAUAUCCUCUAUUCUUCUAACUCUAAGUAUAAGAAUUACAAUACGGAAUGUAUCUUCUCACCCUCCAUUUAUUCAAGGGUUUGAAGUGAGUUGUAAGAACUAUCCUGAGAUAGAAUGGUGCUUGAAGGUUCUAGGUUCUAACAUGAGCAAGAUUGCGGGUCUUGACAGAACUAUUAAACAACUCAUACGAGAUAACGUCAAGAUGUUAGUUUACCCCAAAAAGCUAUGUUUUCCUGUGGCAAUGAUCCCUCUUGAUCCCUUGCUGAAACAGAAGCUUGGACUCAAGGAUGGAUAUGAUCCUUGCUUUAGGAUGGUGAUCCCUCAUCCCAGAGGAGUUGUCAGAAUCAAAAUAAAGAACGUUAUCUUCGACUCCCCCCGCGAGUACCUUCUCCUGAAAACCCGGGAUCCCUACUUGCUUAUCCGGGUCGGUUCCGCCGAGUUUCGAUCCAAGACGAAGACACGAACGAGCAGACCCGAGUUCAAUGUCCUCUGUGAGAUCCCUGUUGACAUCACGACGGACAUGAAGGUUGAGAUAUAUCUGAUGGAUGAUGAUCUGGGGACGGAUCAGGAAAUUGGAAGAUUUGUUGAAAAACUGGAGUUUAUUGAACACUGUUGUGAAGGUGAGCAGGCGUUGAGAUGGAAUGGUUUAUUAGGACGGAAUCCUUGUAAAAUAUUCUCUAGUGCUCAGUGGAUAUCUCAGUCAUUUCAUCUUGAUGAAACUUGGAGCGGUAGUGGAGUGCUAGCCUUCUCUUGUGUUAGACUUAGAGGAACUUCCUUGAUUAAGCCUAAACUUACUUUAAAGUUGGAUGAUUAUACACCUGAGAUCGGAGAACAUCUGAUAGAAAGAUCAUGGGAUGCUAUCACAGCUUUUAAGACCCUGGAGGAGUUCAGGAUUUGUCCUUUAGAUCGGGAAAAUUGGGACCUUUUUCUCCUUCAGGGGGGAAAAAUGCGAUUGUUACCCGGAGAUUCUAGGGUGUGGAUUAUAGUGCAUGAUCUGCUGGAUAGACGGGACGAGGUUGGGAGAAGAGAGUGGAAAGGAGAAGUCCAUCUCUCACAGAUUCUUAAAGCAGGGAAAUCUCCGUUGGAGAUUAAGCUUAGAAUUGGGUACACUAAACCUCAGAUACUCGCAAACAAGCUGAGAAAGAGAAUUAGGGAACAGGGCCAGGCGAUUAUUGGAAUUAGUCCUUCUAAACUGAAAUCUAAAGAAUCUGAGAAGCUCCGUGUCACCCUACAGUUUUCAGUUUACAAAGAUAAAGAGUAGAGAAAUAAUAUCAGUCCUGUUCUGACAGGAUUGAAAAUACACGUCAAGCUUAUGUUUUAUAAAGGGACUGUAGGCGUAUUUUCAAGGGACCCACGAUUUAAAAAAAGGCGCAUGUCCGAUUCACUUCGGUCACGGUAAAUUAGAGGACCAGAGUCCGAAUUUAAUGAAUUUGAGAAGCGUUUAAAAUCCGCCCAAAACCAGUUUCAAUUUAGCGCCGGCUUAAAUCUUGAAACAUCAAAUACAAUUUUAAGUGGAACCAACCAUAUUUGAGCCGCGGCUCAAAUUCUACAAUUUCGGACUCUGGUUAACUUUAAAACCCCUUUUCACCUAUUGAAUGAAGAUUUUUGGUAUUUGCUAUUUUAUUCGUUUACUUUGCUAUUUAUUUCAACUAUUUAAGAAUAGAAGGUCUGAAUUAUGCUAUUUUCAACUGAUUUGGAAAGGGAGAUCAAAGCAUAACUGACUUUAUUCCGAUACAAGCUGCAUAAACUUCGUUGUUUUAAAUGCGUAUACCCUUUAACUUUUGAUUUAGUUGUUUUUCUACUUUGAAAAGUGUUGAAUUCUGUAAAAUAUGUUGUUUGUCUGCUGCACAAAAUCCGCAAGUCAUUUUAGUUUUAUAGAAACGAUAAAUUUUCUGUAAAGAGAAGCAAGAACAUUUUUAUAAUUAAAGGUUGCUUGAAUCGGGGAUUUCCCACUUCAAACAAAAUGUCACUUGAAACUA